AAUUAUGGCAACUGCUGACACGGGUAGCUCAAAAGUAAAGAACAGAAGGUGGACUCAUGAAGAAGAUGCUAUGUUGGUUUCUUGCAUGGUUGAUUUGCAUAAUAUGGGAACAAAAAAGUCUGAUACUGGAUUUAAAGCUGGCUAUUUGAGUGAGUUAGAGAAAAUGCUUGCAACUAAAUUACCUAACUCAAAUAUAAAAGGUAAACCACACAUUGAGUCCAGAAUUAAAACAUUGAAGAAAGAAUGGAGCAUUGUCCAUGAUUUGUUCACAAAUCAUAAUAGUGGAUUUGGAUGGGAUGAUGAAAGGAAGAUGGUUACUGCUGAAGAUGAUGUUUGGGAGGCUUAUUUAAGUAGUCAUAAAGAAGCUGCGCAAUAUAGAAGGAAAACCUUUCCUUUUUAUAAUGAGUUUACUGAUAUUUAUGGAAAAGAUCGUGCUACUGGCAAAGAUUCACAAACAGGUGCAGAUAUAGUUUAUGAAAUGGGUAAUGCUGAAGCUGUUGAAGGCAUUGGUGGAACAAUGGAAGGUAGUCAAGAUGACAAUCCAGUUGAAUUGCAAGACAAUGAUUUUUCGUUUGUCCCUACUCAAUCAUCUGGUGCUAGAGAGAUGAGUUCAACAAAGAGGAAGAGGAAAAGAAGUGACACAUGUGAACCUAUUACUGCAGAUUCUUUGCUUGGUGCUGCCAUGAUGUUGAGUGAGAAGUUGGAAUCAGUAGGAGACAAAAUAAGUAAAAGUCUUGGAACUGAAUUGACUCUUCAACAAAAAAUUGAGCAAUUAGAGGGUAAGUUGAGUGAGAUUGAGGGGCUGGAAUAUGAUGACAAGUUUAUGGCUUUGAUCAAGCUUCCUGAAUAUCCAAAUCAAAUGCUUGUAUUUUUUAGUCUUGCAGCGGACCAAAGGCUUGAAUGGGUGAAAAGGUUCCUUGCUACAUAUUGA